GCUCUGCGCGGGGCAAUGGCCGAGCCCGGAAGCCAGGAUCCCGAGAUUCGGGCCUCCAGCCCCAGUGUCGCCGCAGCAGCCAUGGCCCCGCAGCAGCUCUUCCGCGCGCUCGUGUCGGCGCAAUGGGUGGCAGAGGCGCUGCGGGCCCCGCGCGCCGGGCAGCCCUUACAGCUGCUCGAUGCCUCCUUGUACCUGCCCAAGCAGGGCCGCGACGCACGCCGCGAGUUCGAGGCGCGCCACAUCCCGGGCGCCGUCUUCUUUGACCUUGACCAGUGCAGCGACCGCACGUCGCCCUACGACCACAUGCUGCCCAGCGCGGCGCAGUUUGCUGAGUACGCCGGCCGCCUGGGCGUGAGCGCUGCCACCCACGUGGUGGUCUACGAUGCCAGCGACCAGGGCCUCUACUCGGCACCGCGCGUCUGGUGGAUGUUCCGCGCCUUCGGCCACCGCACGGUGUCCCUACUUGAUGGUGGCCUUCGCAACUGGCUGCGCCAGGGCCUUCCGCUGAGCGCCGGCAAGAGCCGCCCUGCACCCGCCGAGUUCCACGCUGUGCUGGACCCCACCUAUGUCAAGACCUACGAGGACAUCAAGGAGAACCUCGAAUCCCGGCGAUUCCAGGUGGUGGAUGCCCGAGCCACCGGCCGCUUCCGGGGCACGGAGCCUGAGCCCCGAGACGGCAUUGAACCCGGCCACAUCCCUAGCACAAUCAACAUUCCCUUCACGGAAUUCCUGACCCCCGAGGGCCUGGAGAAGAGCCCCGAGGAGAUCCGCCGCCUCUUCCAGGAGAAGAAGGUGGACCUGUCUCUGCCCCUGGUGGCCACCUGCGGCUCCGGCAUCGCAGCGUGCCAUGUGGCACUGGGGGCCUACCUCUGUGGCAAGCCCGACGUGCCCAUCUACGACGGCUCCUGGGUGGAGUGGUACAUGCGUGCCCAGCCAGAGGAAAUCAUCUCUGAGGGCCGGGGGAAGACCCACUGAGGCCUGGCACAUCAGGAAGCUCGGGCGACACCCAGCCACCAGCUGCGCCCCGCUGGGUGGUUCUGACUCUGCUUUCACCAGGACAGUAUUUCUUCCUCCCACUCAGGUGGCACCUGGGGCCACAUCCCAGAGGCCAAGAAUUCCAUUGACUCCCCGCGGGCUCCCAGUGGAAACAGAAGAGAAAGCGGCAGCGGACGCAGGGGAGGGGAGCCGCCCACACAGGGCCAAGCCAAAGUCUCUCCUCGCUUCUCUUUUUAUACCAUUGAGGAAAUAAAACAGCCAAGUGCUGAAUCCUUCUAA